AUGGCGGACGCCGACAAUACUCGCAAUGGUCGACCUGCCAGGGCGGGUAGGAAACGUAAGGCUGACGAAAUAGAUCGCGAGGACAAGAAGCAGGGAGAGCGCCGAAGGGUCGUGGAAGUUGUACCUAACGCCGACGUGACUUUCAAGGUCGGAACCGGCGAAGAGGCCCGCGACAUCAAGGUAUCUGGCGUGGUCGUCAGCCUAGCAUCUGAAGUUUUCUCCCGGAUGUUGUCCUCAAGCUUCAUUGAAGGCCGAACAAGAGUCAUUAGCUUGCCAGAGGACGACCCGGAGACUGUUUUAACCUUCUGCCAAAUCGUCCACCACAGAGCAGAAAAUCUCAAUCGCCUCGGCCCCGGAGAGCCCAACAAGUUAGCUGUCUUCGCUGACAUGCGGCUUUGUACAACAGCCUUGAGACCCUGGGUCGUCAUGAGACUCUCACCACUUAUUGAGCGGCUGGACCAGGGGAGUCCGAAGUUUUGGCAACACCAGGAGGACGAGGAGCAAGAGGACGAGAGGAACGGUAAUGCGCGAGAUGAUAUUGAGCUGUUCCUCCCCACCAUGAUGCUGUUUCGGCUUGAAGGAAUGUUUUGGAAGUCCACCCGGUUCCUGAUUUGGUCCACCAAACCCUCUAAGCCACGCCAAGAGCAGAACGAGAAGACGGAAUCACCGAGAUACGACAAUAUCCAUGGCGAGUACAUGCAGAGAAUGCUGUGGUCUGAGCUAAGAGCUCCGGUUCUGACAUUCGCAGAUGCUGUUUUACAGUCUGCGCGCACUUCCAUCACGUCACUCCUCGCCUCCGUCUCGGAAUGUGUUGAUAGAGGAUUCGAAGAUAGCAGAAAGGUCCUGCCGUGUCACAUCAGCAAAUACGGCUUCUUGAUGUGCGUCUUGAGGUAUAAGAAGAUCAAAACCGGUAUGCAGAUCCGCGAGUACCAUUCCGUGCAUCGUAUUUCAGCUACAGUGAGAGACAUUGUUCGCCGACUUCGACGAGUCGAACGUGUAUGUGUCGCAAAUGGAGGCCGAAGGAUGCACAUUUGGCAAAGACAACCCGUGCGACUUUUGCUCCCGCGAUAUCGCCGGCGAACUAGAAGAAACCGUGGACAAGUUUCCCGACGCGGUACCGGGAAUCUGCCUUGUGUGCUACUUGAGUAG